AUGUCGAGCUGCAUCCCUCAGAGAAGGAGGCACAACCUCGCCGUUAGGGUGACUCUAUGGUGGAUCAACCACAUCACAACCUCUUCCUUCUUCCUCUUUGUUAAUGCAGGGGCCCUAUGCCUAGAAAAUAAGUUUAUAUAUUAUUAUAGCAAUAAUAAAAAUAAUAUAACACUAAAUAUAAGUAAAAGAUCUAGCUACUUAAGUAUAAUAGAGCUAAGGCAAAUAAGGGCAGUAAUAAGUCUUAAAACUAUACUAAGUAUUAAGGAAGAUAAAAGUAAUAAGAUUACUCUAAAGGCAGGAGCUAAGAAGUUAAUAAGGCUACUACUAAAGAACAUAUUUAUCUUUAAUAGAUAG